CGUGAACACCGCAAGUGUAAACGUUGCUUCGUCUGCUCGUGACAAAAGGGUGUUUUCCUGUUGCCAGUCGGAGAAUAUGGAGAAUAAAACUGACCAAUUUUUAAGUUCGUAAUAUUUGCGUGAAAAUUGUUUUAAAAUCUACUUACGUUAUUCGUCUGUUUUAUCUAAAUCUAUACAAGGACAGAGUUUUGAAACCUUCAACAUAAAGAGAACAAGUCGUCAUUUAAGGCUGCUGCAUUGAAGCUGUCGUCAUAUCCUCCUGAGUGUAUGGUCCGUGACGUAGGUAUACGGCUGUUUAUACGUAUUCAUCUACAUGGGGCUCAAGUGGGGAGAAGAGCAUUGCAUAUAGUAGUUAUAUUGUAGAGAUAGAGACGGAUCGUUAAGCGCGAAGGAAGGAUGAACGCUGCACUUGUGAUGCGCCAGAGCAAGCCCAGCUAUUGACUAGUCUUGGAAUGGAGUUAAAAUGAUGAAGAUUAGCAGGAACACUGAGAGACAUGGUGGAUGGUGAUACAGAAUGAGUGGUGAUGUGCAUGGUUUAACUCCUCUCAAGCUCAGUGGAGGAAAAUUAAUUGAACCUUCAGUGAGGUCUCCUGCAGACGGAGAGGAAAAUAAGCUCCAUACAACACCGAGCGAGGUGCACGGAAAAAGCACCCUCAGAAAUAAUGAUGAAGAUGUUGGAUCAGUGUGUGCUGAACAGCGGACUUUGUCAAAAAGCAUUAAUGUCUCUAAAGGUAGUAAAUGUAAAACUGUCGAAUUUCAAAAGGAUCUCAAAGAAGGGGGUUAUGAAACCCUUUCUCCAAGGUUUAGGUGUAGCUCUCACGAAAUGGAUGAUCGACGUGAAGAGUACGUUUCACUUAGUGCUGAUGUUACACCACCAUUUUCAAGAAGUGGAACCCCAAGUUACUUGAAGUGGGCUGAAGGUCUUCAGUAUCUCUUGCAGGAUCUGGAAGGGGUGAAUCUCUUUAAAAUAUAUCUAACUCAGGAUAAAUGUGCAGAGAGCUUGGACUUCUGGUUUGCCUGUGAAGGUCUUAAGAAAGCUAGUGCAACCGAUGUAAACUACAUUCAACAAGUGAUUAAGUUAAUAUAUAAAAAAUUCAUAAGAUCUAGACUCAUAGAAAUUAAACCUGAAACUAGAGAUGAAAUAGCUAGUAAAAUUGAAAGUAAAAUGGGACUUGAUCAAACAAUCUUUGAUGAUGCUCAAAAAAACAUUGAAGAUAUCAUGACAAGGACGACAUAUCCAAAUUUUCUUAAAUCUGAGGUGUAUCUUCAUCAUGUUCAGUUUAUGCAGCAAAACGUUCAUCUGGGAUCACCUAAACAAGCAGAAGGUUCAGAAUCUGUCAGUGAAAACAGCAGCAGUAAUAAUUCCAGGCAAGGAUUAGAUAUCUUACCUACGUUGCAUGAAGACGCUGAAAUGAAUGACAAUCCAGGUAAAGAGGCAAUACCUUUUACCAGGGAAGUGUUGAAGCAACGAUCGAGAAUAAUGGGAAAUGUUCUUCAUUAUCGACCAGAAGUGCAGGCUGGGCACUACCUACAUGGACCAAGUCGAGUUCCUAAACCUUACCACAUGAAGUACUCAACUGUUAUCCCAACCUCUGUCCAAGAUAGUGAACUUCAAAGCCUUUCGUCAGAUGCACAGACUGAUGAUACUAUGUCCUUGACAGAUAGCAGCAGUGUUGAUUGUGGACCUACUUUACCUUCAAGAAGUCAACUAAAGAGACAUCAGCAAGCAAUGAAGAAAAAUGCCAGUUUAAACAGGGAUUAUCUAGCCCACCAAACCAUAAUACCUCGAACUCAGCGACCACCAAAGGAAUUUAUCAAGCCCAUGCAAGAAGAAGACUUUGCAGCACUUUUAACCCAAAAAUUACUGCAAGUUAAGAAAGAAAGAGAGGCUCAGGAAAAGAUCGAAGAGUCUAUUCGAAAACUUGAGAUAGAAGAAGAAAAAACACAUUCUUGUGAUAAUGCUUUCCAAUCCUCAGUGGGUAGGUUUGCAGGUAUUCCUUCACAACUUCUGACAGCAGCCAUAAAAGAGAAGCAAGCAGUUACAGAGGAAAAUGACCAGUCCAUUUUGGACCAACAUGUAUCAAGAGUGUGGAAUGAUUCAGCACAUCAGACUCCAGGUCAACUUUCUUCUUCACCAAUACCUUUAUCACCUCCGCUAGAAAGGCGAAGGUCUAGUGUACCAGGAUCAUCAGGGUUUAUUCCACUGAUGUCUAUGAGGUUGUCUACUCCAGGUUUGAGCAGUGGAGGCCUCUAUGUCAGCCCUUACCAAUCUCUUCAUACCCAUCACCGCCCCAGAAGGGACCGGGAUGCAUGCUCGAGUGAUAGUGGAACAGUUCAUGAUUUCACUCCUGAAAAUGAACCCACUAACUUUCCUGCUUUUCCCUUACACAUCCAUAAACAUGUACAUCAUCAUCAUCCAACAAUGUCUAGAACGUCACCAGAACAAUUCACCACGGCUCCCGUGGAGCACCAGCAGACCCGGAGGACAAAGGAUACGUCUCGAAGAUCAAGUAAUAAAAAGUUAUCAACCAAUGACUCAAGCAGCAGUUGUAUUGACAGUGGUGUUAGUGUAGCGUGUGAUCCGAUCCCACCUACCGUGGCUUCUAGUGAAAGGGUUUAUCACUGGAUGAUGGACAAUGAGAAAUACACUUCUCAUGGUCAUGGUCCAGAUUCAGAAAAAGAUUCCUCCACGAAACAUAAGAAAUCAAAUCGAUCUUCGUUGUCUACAACUUCGCCAAUACCCUGCCGACAAAGCAACUCCAAAAAGUUACCAGCUUACAAUAUUCCACGUUCAAGCUCUGUAGAGCGAGGGGGGCCUCUUCCCUUGCAUUUGCAAAGCAGUAUUUCUUAUUCCAAAUCAUCUAAUCCACAUGUUCCAACUUAUCCUUUCCCCUGUGGGGUACAGCCUACUCAGCCCAUUGCCCUAGAUCCUUCAAUGCCUAUUCUUCCUCCACCUGAUACAGCUACGCAGCUUCUAGAGGCAAAACGACGGCUGGAAGAUGAGGCACGUUUAAAAUCUGGUAAAACAAACAGAACCAAUUCUUCAAGGGAUAAACAAGGUCACCAGGAUUCUGGUCGAGGCAAGUUUCCUGUCAAGAACUUUGACAUUACAGAAGACUCUGCCAUCCCCAGCUCACGGAAGUCCAGCAAGAAAACCUCGCCACCUACUCAUCAUCCUGGUUCUCUACCCACGACUCCCAGUGAUGUCACUGUUAUUGGCUAUUGUUUCUCUGGAGAAUCUGUGCCUUACAGGACUAAACUUUUAGGAAAAAAUAUUACCCUCAAACAGUUUAAAACUCUUCUUAGCAAAAAAGGAAAUUACAGGUACUUCUUUAAGAAAGAAUGCAAUGAAUUUGGAACUGGAGUAGUAAAUGAGGAAAUAUCAGACGACAGUGAAGUGUUACCUCUUUGGGAAGGAAAGAUCUUUGGUACCAUUAAAUCAGUAGACUGAAGAGGAAUUUAUUUUGUGUUUUGUGUGUGUGUUGCAAAAAUAUUCCAUUUUCAGUACUUGAAGUCCUGUUCUGUAAAUAUUUUUUAAUUUUAUAGAAAAAAAAAGUCUGACUUUCACUGUUACUUCCUUGAGAGAAAAACAUUAAAGACAAAUUAUUUAUUAUUCUGAUUUUUUUUAUCAUAGUGAACUAAAGUUAUCUUCUUUCAAGACAUCAGUGAUCUCUAACUCAUGAAAGAUAUGCAUGUAAACAGAAUAAAGAUAUUUUAUCUUUCUCUCUCUUUUUUCCAUAUCCUGAGGACUCUGUUGUAAAAAUUUACAUAUAUAUAUAUAUAUAAAUAUCCAUAAUUUUAUUGUCUAAACUUUGUAAAAGGCUCGAUUGCUUUAACAUGUAUCAAACUUGUGAAAAUAAUACUCCUACAUAUAUAUAUACAUGUGUCUAUAAAUAAAAGUUUGAAAUCUGGGUGUAUAAUCAAGUAUAUAUUGAAUGAUUUUUGUUUGUUUUUAAAAGUUUCUGUAGUUACUGCAUUUUUAAGUUUUAUGUAUUUAUUUGAUAUCAAGUUUUGGUAGUUAGUUUCAUAUCAUAUUGUCAGAAAAUUCCAUUGUAGACAGUUCAGUUGAUUAUAUGGCUAACAUUUGUGCCUAGCUUAGUUUGUUUACUAUUAAACGAUCUACCAAGUAGUAAAGAAUCACCCCCCCCCCCCUGUUUUAUUUUAUUUUUUAAAGAUGUAUGUAACUUUUCUUAGGAAGUUUUUCAUUAAUGAAGUACAAAUCCUGCAAGUUCUUUAAUUGAUUCAGAGUAAAUUUUCAAGUUUUUUAGAGAAAUAUUUUAAACCAUAAAUGUUUACCGUUGUUUAUUUUCUUGUUAUUCUGUUUUUGAAUAUUUAAUUUUGCUUCCACUUUAUAACAGCUGUAAAGCUACAAAUAAAACAAAAAUUAGCAAUGAUUUUUGUACUUCCAGUACUAAUUAUAUCAAUUCCUACAUUACUGAUCAAAUUCCUAAGGUGGAAAUUAGUUCAUAUUUUGUUUAAGAAUUGAAUCCUUCAAUUAUUACAAUGUUCCUGUGUUUGGUCAUGUAAGAGUGUAUCUUAAAUGUGGUUGCUUUGAAAUACUAUAAAAACUGUAAAGCAUCAAGAUUUAGUGUAAUUCUUAAGUACUGGUAGAUCAGCAGAUCAUUUUUUUUUCAUCAAUCUAGAAAAAUUUCAGAUAAAUGUAUUGCUUGGAAAAUUUUCUAUUUUAUUUUUACUUUCGGAGUUAGUAUUAAAAAAAAUUGCUGCUAAAAAUAGGUCUUGUGAUAUUCACAGUUGAUUUUUUUUAUCAGAGUCUUUGGUUUCUGUUGUCACGGUGAUUAUAGGAGUAUACAAGUACCUGAAGGUAAAGGAACUACAAUAAAAAAAAUUGUUCAAAUAAGCUCAGGAAUACAAUAUCCACGUAACAGGGUUUUCUGUCUAAUUACUAGAUCAAAGAAAUGUUGAGAGUAAGGUAUGUAAUAUAUUUUACAAUAUGUUAAGAAUUGGCCCCAUUUUUGGUACUGUAUCAUUCUGCAGGAUAUGCAAAUAAAUGAACACGUCAUCAUGCUUUUUGUAAACAUUAAAAUAGACAUUUACUCCGUGCAAGUUGCUGGGUAGUUGUCUUCGAUAUUUUUAUCUUGCCGAAGCUUUUUAUGUUAUUUGUAACGUGGUGCCAAAAAUGAAGCUCAUUUAAAGAUAUUUAGUUAAAUAGCAGUGGUAUAUUUUGUUUUGGUUUUAGAGACUUUCAGGUAUUCACUUAGUUAUAAUACAGGUAUUUUUUCAUACUUUUUAUUGAUCUACCAGUACUUUUGAGGAGUGAAACAAGUAUUUUUAAAGUAUGUACUUUCAUACAUUUUUGUUUAACUUCUUGAGGAACUGUGGUUUAUAUUAUACAUUUUAUGUAAGCCGAGAUAUCUAGAUCAGUUCUUGCUUUCAUAACGGAGCUACCACUUAGCUCAUAGUGAUAAAUAUACAUUAAAUGCAUUUGAAGAAGUACCAACAUUUUUUCAGGCAUAUAAAGUUAACUUCAAUUUUUACCCCAUCUCCAAAGUUUUGUUUUGAAGAAUUAUUUAUCAAACACUUGCCAAAAUAAAAUAAAGUUCAAAUAGUAAGCUGUCAAGUUAACAAGAAGUGUUAUUAUGUAUGGAAUUAGCAAUGCUUUAUGUUAAUUAUAAGUAAAAUGCUGAUGUCUAAAUCUUAACAAUUUAUUAUUAUUAUACAGGGUUGCCCAAAAUUAU